CCGCGCUCAGUUUCCAGGUAACCUCGGAACAAACCCCCAACAUGCUAAAGUUCUUCCUGAUCGCUGCGCUCGUGCCGGCGCUGGCUCUGGCCCAGACGACUCCGGUCCGUCAGUGUGGCAACGGAGCGCCCCUGCCGGCCUCGGUCAUCAUCAACGACUGUACGGCAAUGCCCUGCACGCUUGUGGAUGGUGCCCCCGUGGUAGCGUUCGCCGAAGGAAUCACCAGUCCGGUCGCGACGGCCAGCUUAAACUCGUUCAUAACGGUGCGGCUGGCCGGUCUGCAGAUUCCGUUCCCGCUGCCACCGGAGCUGGCGGACGCCUGUGUGGCGGGAACUCCUCCGGGGACCUGCCCGGUUGCGGCUGGAGAUAGCUUUGACUACACGCUGGACUUUGCUGGUCAAUCGCUGGGAAUGACCGGCGUUACGGUGCAGAUUGAGGUUGGACUAACCGGUUUUUUUUUUUUUUUUUUUUUUUAAUUUAUAUUUAUUCAA